AACUAAUUUCAAUACUCUCAAUUUGCCGACUUCAUUAUUAUUACAAUCACCCAAAAAUUUCUCGCUCUAUCUUUUCUCGUCUUCUAUCUUUAUCACAAUCACAAAUAAUACGCCAUGGAUUCAACGCCGGUGAAUUGGGAAGCUUUGGAUUCCCUCGUCAUCGAAUUCGCUAAAUCUGAAAAUCUGUUCCACGAAAACGACGCCAUUUCUUCUCUUUCUCCUCCUUCUUCUCCUGCUUCUUCCUCUCUCUCUCCUCCUCCAGCUUCACCUUCUUCAUAUUCGUCUUCUUCUGCUUCUUCUUCGUAUCAAUCUCGUCUAUUGAUUCGUCGAAUUCGCCUGCUUUUGGAGUCUGGUGAUGUAGAUUCUGUUUUGGAUCUUCUUCGUCUCCAUGCUCCUUCCAUUUUGCUCGAUCGCCGCCUCCUUUUUUGCCUCCAGAAACAGAAAUUCAUUGAGUUAUUGAGGAGAGGAACUCCGGAAGAUCGCGAAUCUGCUAUUGAAUGUUUGCGAAAUUCACUUGCUCCUUGUGCUCUUGAUGCUUAUCCAGAAGCGUAUGAGGAAUUUAAGCAUCUUCUUCUCGCUUUAAUUUAUGAUAAAGAUGACAGCAAUUCUCCUGUAGCUAGAGAGUGGUCGGAAAAACGAAGAUGUGAAAUUGCUGGACUGAUGUGCUCUAUUCUUAGAGCACAUCUGCAGGCGCAUGAUCCUUUGUUCUCCAUGACAUUAAGAUAUUUAAUAAGUAUACACAAGGAUUUCUGCCUUCGUCAAGGAAUCUCCUCACCCAUAUCAGACCUUACUGAAAGGUUGCUUCUUGAGGAAAAAGAUGCCCCAGCAACGCCCCAAGAGUCAUUAUAUGAAGUGCCUCCAUUUGAUGAGGUGGACAUACAAGCCCUAGCUCAUGCAGUUCAGCUUACUAGACAAGGAGCAGUCGAUAGCUUAAGAUUUGCAAAGGGCAACUUAAUUCAGGCUUUUCAGAAUGAAAUAUGUCGCAUGAGAUUGAAUGUCACUAUUCUAGAUGAGCUUGUCCAUGAAUAUUGUGUUUACAGGGGUAUUGUUGAUCCUGCUGUGCCUUCUGCUGGUGUCUCGACAGGAUGCGGGUUGCGUGUUGAUUUUGGCCAUCUGAAGGCUGAUAAAAACAAUGCUACUGAAUGUUUGUCCAUGGCUGGAAAUGAUAUGGAUUGCGUAAAUAGUAAAAAUUCUGAUGAUGGAUCCUCCGUUACUAAUGCUGUUGCUGAUGGCACUGAAAUUAGUACAGACAUGAUUAGGGUGCAGGAUACUGAUGUAGAGAUGCGCUAUCCUAGUGAGAAUGCAAGUGAUCAUGAUUAUUGUAGCACCAGUGGGACUCAUCAAAUCAAGAAUUUGAAGGUUUGCCUAAGAAAUCAAAGCUAUGCAGUCUGUGAACGAAGGAGACGUAAAAGAUGGAGGGAAAGAAACGACGAAUUACAAUUUUCUGCCGGCAUUUCUCGUGAGAGCAGUAAGCGAGAGAGUGGUGAAAAACACACCCCUUCAGAUUUAACGUCCAAGGAGGAUAGACGUGAGGCUGUUUUGUGCAUAAAGGAUUUAGCUGAUAGAGGUAUGGCUGCUGAGGUGGUUGAAGAAGUAAAUACUUUGGAUCCUGAUUUUUUCGAGCAGAAUUCCGCGUUACUUUUCCAACUGAAGCAGGUAGAGUUUCUGAAAUUGGUUGAUUCUGGUGAUCAUUCUGGUGCUUUGAAGGUUGCAUGUUCCCAUUUGGGGCGUUUAGCAGCCAAUGAUCCAGGCUUGCUGAAACCCUUGAAAGAAACACUACUAGCUUUACUUAGGCCUAAUGAUGUUGGUUUUAAAAGAGAUUUGCCACUGCAAGCUCUGGCAAGUUCACUUCAGGUUGCAAUUGGUAGGAAGCUGGACAUUGAAGAACCAAAACUUAUGAAAGUCAUGCAAGCAACCCUUCAUACACAUAAUGAGUGGUUUAAACUACAAAUGUGCAAAGACCGCUUUGAAUCAUUUUUGAAGAUUGAUGCCUUGAAAGAAGUCAAUAGUCUGUUGAUCGCUGAUACUGUUUCUAAAUCCAAUAUCGAUUUGCAAAGUUAUGGAUCUUCGCAAGUCAUUUCAUCUAGUAUCGGAGUUCCGGAAGAGGGUGAUAGUCCAACUCAAGUGUCUUCUCUAGAAGUUUGUGAUGAAGGUGCAAUACUGAAAGUUAUGGAAUUUCUUGCUCUUCCCAGGGCUGACGCUAUCCAUUUGUUGGCACAGUAUAAUGGAAAUGCUGAGACUGUUAUCCAACAAAUUUUUGCAUAGCUGAUGGCCGUCAACAACUUAUUUGUUGCUUGCAGAUUCUUUCCUGAGUUUGCUUUCUGUAGAUAUCUGGAGGUUACUUCUGUAUAUCCCACUCCUGGGUUCUUUAUAUAUUCUUACAAUUCAUUCAUGUUUAUAUACUGCUCACUGUUUAGGUUGAACCAUUAAUUGUAGUCUGAUAGAUUUUGAUUAAAUUGGUUAGCAAUGCCAUAAAGUCCCGUUUGUUGGACUCCAAUUGAUAUAUACCAAAUCGUUUUUUAAACAAGAAAACAGAAAAAAGUUCCUGGCUUUAAAA